AUGGGCGGCAGCAGCUCGCGAGUCGCCGCCUACACGCCAGAGAAGGAGAAGGCAGCAGAGGAGCCGCGGCCUUCAGAAGAUGAGCCAGAGCUUGCAGCUGAUGAGGAGCCGGUGGUGAUUCGCGCCAGCCUUCGCGAUGGCAAGGAUGGCCGGAAGAAGCCGCGGGUCCUCAGCGGCUUCGCGCCGGAGCCCGCGCGCCCCGGCCAGAGCCCUCAGAUGCCUCAGCCGCAGCCCGUGCGCCAGCGGGUGAUUCGGCAGCCGGCGGUGGUGGAUUCGGCCAACCACAUGGCCAGAGCUGCUCAGAUGACCCAAAUGGCGUCACUGGCGGUGCAGGGCCAAACAUCGCAAAGCAUCGAUGAGCGGCCGCCCUCGAGCCCCGAGCUGCUGAAGCGACAUUUGGAGGAGGAGGCCUUCGAGGGCGCGGAGCGCCGCAGGGCCCAGGAGACCUCAGCCCUCUCGGCGGUGCGCGCGCGCGCGGGGAACGGGAACCCCCGGCGGGUGCCGGCGGCGCUGGCGGCGGCCAACGUGGCGGUGAAGCCGGAGAAGCCUAGGUUCCCCGAGGUUGAAGUGAGCAUCAGCGCGCGGAAGGUGCUGCUGCAAUGGGUGAGGUUUGGCCGAAAGGUUUUGAAGGAGAAGCUCGCAAACAUGCCGCAGAAGCGAAGGCAGAAGAAGCCUUUGCGCGUUGACCGGCUGGUGGAGCUCUUCCUGGAGAGUCAGGAUGAGUUGGAGCGAAUGUGCCUGGAGGAUCCUGAAGAGUUGAUCCACAGCCAGAUCGAGCUGCUGACCCGCCGCAUCGAUGAGAUUGAGGAGCAGGUGCGCAAGGAGCGAGAGCUGGCGCUGAAGGCGCAGGCCGCGGCCCAGGCCCGGCGAGAGGCGCAGAAGCAAGAGGCGGCCGGCAGCGAGGCGCAGCGGGCGCGGAAGCUGGAGCAAAGUCAGGCAGUGCAGGAGGUGGCGCUGGACUGGGACACCGUCUUCGACUCGGCAGUGGCUAAGCGGGACGCGUGGAAGAAGCAGCGGGGCCAGCAGCAGCAGAUGGCCGAAAACCUGUGGCGCAAGAAGGCGGUCAUUCGCCAGCCCACCCUGGCCAGCGAGAGCGCCAAGGCCGGCAAGUCCGACAUUGCGGAACAGCUGCGCAAGGAACGCGAGCGCAUGGAGGACCUGCUGUCGAUCUUUGAGGCCCAACAGCGGCGCCGCAAGCGCAAGGACCAGCAGCCCAUGCUCGACCUGGCGGAGGCCCUGCACGAAGAGCAGCGGGAGGCCAUGGCGCAGCGGGCCGAGGAGCUGCGCGAGGAGAGGCGCCGCGAGGCGGAGAGAAGGCGUUUGGAGGAGGAGAGGCAGAGGCAGCGCGAGGAGGAGGAGCGGAGACGCCAGGAGGAGGAGGCGGAGGCGGAGCAGCGGGAGAGGGACCGCCUGGCCCUGGAGCGCCUGCGCCGGGAGAAGUUGGAGUCGGAGCGCCGCAGAGCUGAGGAACGACGCCAGGCUGAGGAGAGAGAGGCGCAGCAACGCAGAGAGAUGGAAGAGAAGUUCCGAAAGGCAGAGGAAACCCGAAAGAAGAUGGAAGAGCAGAGGCGGCAGGCGGCGGAACGCAUGGAGGCGGAGCGCCGGAAGGAAGCGGAGCGAAAGCUUGAAGAAGAGCGAAAGCGAGAGGAGGCGCGACUGGCAGAAGAGCGCAGGAAAGAAGAGGAGCGGCUUGCGGAGGAGCGAAGGCAAGAGGAGGAACGACUGGAGGAGGAGCGUCGGAAGGAGGAGCAGAGGUUGGAGGGGGAGCGAAGGCGUGAAGAGCAACGCAUCCGCCAGGAGGAGGAGAGAAGGAGGCUUGAGGCCGAGGAGCGUCGGAGGGAAGAGGAGCGCCUGCGGGAGGAGCGGCGCAGAGAAGCCGAACGGGAGCGGCUGGAAGAGGAGCGCCGGGAGCGAGAGAGGCUCGAGGAGGAGCGAAAAGAGGCGGAAAGAUUGAAAGCGGCCCGGCCAAGCCGGGGAGCGCGGAUCGACAGUGCCUUUGACAACCUCGAGGACGCCUGCGAUGAAGACGAGGAUGAGGAAGACGAGGAUGAAGAUGAAGAUGAGGAGCCUGGCUCCUCAACGAAGCCCAGGAGGAAGAAGAAGACGGCGGCUGACUGGGCGGAGCGGGCCUUGCUCGCCCUGGACGGUGACAGCGAAGAGGAAAGCGACGAGGAGGGCGGCGUGGAAGCGGACAUGCAACUUGUGAAGCUCACCGGCGCGAUCGCAAAGAAGAUCGACAAGCUCCACAACUGCCGGCUGUUGGUUCACUGCACCCGCGGCAUCUCCCGGAGUUGCAGCGUCGUCAUUGCCUACCUCAUGUUGCGAGGACAGAGCUACGAAGAGGCAAAGAGGCAGGUCCAGAAGAAGAGGACGGUGGCAUUUCCGAACAUCGGCUUUCAGGUGCAACUGCAGCAUUUGGAGAAGCAGCGUUUGGCUUCCGCCCCUGGCACUUUCCCCGAGCGCCUCAAGUGGCUGCGCUCCGCGAUGCCCCGCGGCGACCUCGCAGCGCACAAGGAGUUUCCCUUGCUGAAGGCGCUGGGGCCCCCAGUGCGUGCGCAUUUGGAGGAGGUGCUAGGCCUUGCCAGUCGGCUGAUGACGGAGCCCUCCUUGGCGGAGGAGCGGGACAGCUGGCGGAGCGCCGGGGUCUUCUUCGAGGUGCUGCACAAGUACAAGACGGUCCCGGAGGAUCGCGAGCUCGUGGACUUGGCGUUCCAGGCGGUCAAGCGCCUCCGGGAGGCGGUGGCUCAGUUCCACGACUCCUCCAACUCCUUGCGGGGCUUGAAGACGGCGAGCCUUUUAGCCUCCGAGGUGGAGACCUGGGCCAAGCUUGCAGCUUCGGCGCCUCGGAAGGUCGCGGCUCCCGCCGGGCCACUGGUGUCCUAUGGCUCAGAGUCUUCCAGUGAAGAAGAAGCUGACAGCAAGAGGCAGCGGCAAAGGUAG